CCUCAACCUCCAUCUCAGCUAAUCAUGGGCGAAAUUAAAGUCUCUCCUGAUUAUAACUGGUUUAGAAGUACAGUUCCCCUUAAAAAGAUUAUCGUAGAUGAUGAUGACAGUAAAAUAUGGUCGCUGUAUGAUGCUGGUCCCAGAAGUAUCAGAUGUCCCCUCAUAUUUCUGCCUCCUGUCAGUGGAACAGCUGAUGUAUUUUUCCGGCAGAUUUUGGCUUUGACUGGAUGGGGUUACCGGGUUAUAGCUGUGAGUAUUAUUGUGUCAAUGAUAAACUUCAGAUUUGGUGUUUGUGCUUCUGUUUUUGAUCAACUACACUUUUGGCUGAUGCCUGCCUUUAUGCUCAAAAAAAUAGUUCUUGGAAACUUCUCAUCUGGCCCAGUGGACCCUGUGAUGGCUGAUGCCAUUGACUUCAUGGUGGACAGGCUGGAAAGUCUGGGUCAGAGCGAACUGGCUUCAAGACUGACCCUGAAUUGUCAAAAUUCUUACGUGGAACCUCAUAAAAUCCGGGACAUUCCUGUAACCAUUAUGGAUGUGUUUGACCAGAGCGCACUUUCAACCGAAGCUAAAGAAGAAAUGUACAAACUGUACCCUAAUGCCCAGAGAGCACACCUCAAAUCAGGGAGCAACUUUCCCUACCUGUGCAGAAGCGCAGAGGUGAACCUGUAUGUCCAGAUACAUUUGCUGCAAUUCCAUGGAACCAAAUAUGCCGCCAUUGACCCGUCCAUGGUCAGUGCCGAGGAGCUGGAGGUGCAGAAGGGCAACCUCAGCCUCAGCCAGGAGGAGCAGUAGACGUGGCCGUCACUGUGGAUGAGGCGACCCAGCGCGCUUGUGUACAAUCAGUGAUGUCAGCGUCCACCGCCUCAGGGCAGCUGACUCUCACUGUGCUUUGAAGUGGGACUGAUUGUCACCUUCCAGACGGGUGGCAGCGCUUCCGCCAGUGUGCCAGCUCCCACUUCGGUUUUUUUAGCUUUUCAAUUUGAAGAACUUUUGAAGUCUCAUUUUAAGAAGAGUGAAAAUUUUGCUACCAGAAGUCUUCACUACUGUAUUACUUGAAUGUUAAUUUCUGAGAUUUGGGGAUUUUUUUUCUUUUCCUGUCUUCUUUCUUGCUUUUUAUGUUAUUUACUAUAAAUGCCACACAUCAAGAUCAUGUAUCAGAAGGACAUGAGUUAUUUUUGUGCUUUGGGGGCAUAAGCAUUGACUCAGUGCAUCUCAACUACUCUUCAUUUCCAGUGAAGCGCACUGUUUUGACUGUCAGCAGUUGUCUUUCUAGACGUUACAGUAGUUUGGAAUAAAAAUUCAAUUUCAG